AUGCAAUAAAUUGACAAUAUUGUAGGUGAUUUAUCGUUCAGGAAAAUUCAUAACAUACCUACAAAGUUAACUAAGCAAUAAAUAUAUUCAUGCGAUCCUAUGUAUUUAAAUUUUCUUAAUUAUAAAGGACAGUUGAGUAAAAAUAUUUGAUUGAUUCAGAAAUUAAAUUGAACAAUGUUAUUUCCACUAUUAAUACUUUAAAGAUAAAUCCUGAUUCUCCAAGAACUAAAAAAUGUCUUGAAAUUUGCAAAAUACAAUAUGAUUAACUUAUAUAAAAGUAUUAGAUUUAUUUUAUCAUCUAAAAGAGAACUUAUUGAUUUCAGAAUACCAGGCGAAUUAAUUUAGAUUACAGAAAAAAGAUAUUUGAUUCAUUAGCUUCAAAUUGCCUAAUUAAGAAAAUAAAUUAUUUUAUAAAGAAAUAAAUUAAAGCAAGAGUAAAGGCUUACUAAAAAAAAAGCACCUCAUAAUUUAGACUCAAGUUUAAAUAGGUAUCAAACUCUCCAUAUUAAAAAGUAUUUAAUUAAGUGAACAUUUAAAAAGUCCUACUGAAAUGAUUGAGAGUUGGAUUGAAACACAUUUUACUAAAAGCUAAAAAUAUUAAGCUAAACUAUAAAAAAUAAAAUAGUAAUAAGAAGAAUAGGAGAAGAAAGAAGCAGAAUAAUAAAUUGAAUUUAUAUCAUCCUUAAAUUAAAGAACAGAAAAAAAAAGAUAAAAAAGAUUGUUGACUAUUUAAGAAAGAAAGGAAAGAGCAAAAGAAUAAAAUUCAAAAAGUAUAGAAAUCUAAAGAAAAGUUAAAUAAGUUCAUGCCGAAAAUCUAAAAAAAUCUUUAGAAAGAUAAGAAAUAGACAGAAUAGCAUCAAUUACUUUGUAAUUAUAUAAAAUUAUUUAGAGAUAAGAAGAUUGAUUAAUUGAAACAAUAAUUCUCUGAAUAACUAUAAUAAUAAUCCUAAAUAUAUUAAGAGAAAUAAUAAAGAGCAGUUUAAAUAAAACAAGAAGUUGACUUUAAUAAAUAAAUAAUUGCCAAACUAUAAUUAUUAAAAACUGAAAGAAAUAGUGAAGCCCAUAGCAAUAAUAAUAAAUAAUCUAAGGUUGAUUUAUGGUCUGUUAGAUUACCUUAAUUACUACAUAAGAAAGAAGAAGUUUAAUAAUAAGAAUACAAUAAUAAUUUGGUUUAUGUGGUUAAUAAAUUUCGAAAAAUAAGCACUAACAAAUCUGCUAAAUCUGUUCAUUCUUAAGAAGAUUUGACUUAAAAAUAAUAACUCUAAAGAUAGAGAUACUCAUCAAAACAAGAAUAUUAUUAACAUAGAGGAGAAGAAGUCUAAGUUAAACUAAAGAAAAAGAAUGAACAUUUGUAAAGUUUGUAAUUAAAAAAAUAGAAUGAGCUGGAGAAUAAAUUUUCUAAAAUAAAAAAUUAAAUUGUAGAAAAUGAAAAUAGACAUGAUAAUAUUUAAAAGUAAUAUCAAGAAAAAUUAAACUAAUAAAUGAAUAGAGAAAUAAGCAAACAUAAAUUCAACUUAAGUUUAAUGAAAUAAAGAGAUCAAGCAGUUGAAGACCUAAAGUAAAUAUGAAAUCUAAAUAGAUUUUUAAGACAAUUCGAUAAGAGCAAAUCCACUUCAUCAUUAAAAAAAAUGACAAAAUGAUUAUUUAUUACAAU